AUGAAAAAGGAGACCAAAAAGCGUAUCCAAAAAGUGUUGAAAAUUAGUAAAACAGCAUUUCAUUGGGGUUUCAUUCCACUUAUAAUCUAUCUAGGUAGGAAAACUUUUCCUAUCGCACGUGCUUUCUCGAAAGGCGAAUUUUUCGGUGGAUGUCUCCAAACCGCAUUUAAAAUUUUAACGUUUAUUUUUUGCUGCUACUUUUUUAGGAUUAAAACAAGGAGGUGAACCUGGAAUGCCCGAGCCAACAUUGCUGAGGUAA